AAAACCCACACAUAAAAAAAAAAGUUUUAUUAAAUAGCGAAAAAUCAAAAUUUUUUUUUAAAAUGGAUGCUUACACAUUACCAACAUAUUUCCCGCUAACAUUAACUUCAAAUAAUUCUAGUUAUUCGGAAUUACAAUUUUUAGCAUCAAGAAGAGCAGCAGCUGUUGCAGCUGCAGCUACAGUAUUACCACCACCACCUCCACCUCCACCACCAACAUCAGCUUUAUCAGGAAAUGGUGGACAAAAUUUAGCAGCAUUAACUGGGGGUAAUAACACAACGUCUUUAUUAAAUGGUGCUGAACAACAAUCAUUAUCAACUGUUUCAACAUCAACAAAUGGCGGUAUUGGUGUAAAUGGUGUUGGUGCAACAUCAAAUGGUUUACCACCACAAACACAUCAGCCACAUGAUUUCCAUCCAGCAUAUAGAAUACCAGGUUAUAUGGAACAUUUAUAUUCAUUACAGCAUGCAGCUGCACAAGCAGCUAGCCCAACAGCAUCAUUACAUGCAAAUCCAUUCUAUUCUCCAGCUGCUGCAGUAGCAGCACAUCAUGCAGCAGCAGCUGCUGCUGCUGCAGCUGUACAACAACAAAAACGUGGCCUAGAAUCUUUGACAAAUAGUAGUUCAGCAGCAGCAGUUGCACAUUUAACUGGUUUAGGUUUAAAUUCAGCGGAUUAUUUAACGGGACGUAGUAGUACAUUAGUUGAUAGUUUAACUGUUGGACACCAUCCACCACCACCAAGUUCAUUAGCUAGUACAGAUUUUCAUUUUAGUAUAGAUGCAAAUUCAAGAUUAAAUAGUCCAAGAUCUGGUAGUAUAAGAGCAAGUGUAAGCCGUAAAAGAGCAUUAUCAUCAUCACCAUAUUCAGAUUCAUUUGAUAUUAAUUCAAUGAUACGUUUUUCACCGAAUAGUUUAGCAACAAUUGUUAAUGGAUCUAGAAAUAGUAGUGCAAGCGGGUCAUAUGGUCAUUUAUCAGCUGGUGCAAUGAGUCCAGCAGCAUUUAGUGUACAUACUGGUAUGCCACAUUUACAACAAUUACAAGCACAUUUACUUAGAGCUGGUGCUGGCCUAUUACAUCCAUUAGCAUCACAUCAUACACCACCUGGUAGUAUGUUCCCAUUAACACAUCACCCAUUAAAUGGACCAACAUCUGUUUCAACAACAACUAGUAGUCCAUUAUCAAAUAAAUUACCUCAUUUAGAAGAACUAUCAAAAAAACCUGAAUUACCAUCUUCACCAUCAAUUACAACAACAGCCGGUGGUGUUGCACAAGUUGAAGCUGACAGUGCAUCAAAUCCAAUAAUGGUAAAUAAAAAAGGAUCAAGAUCAAAACGUGAUGUAAUAUCAUCAACAACAUAUCAUAAUGUUGGAAAAUUGGAAUCAAAUAAUGUCCAAAUGCAACAAUCACAACAACAAUAUAAUUAUCCACAACAAUCGCAUCAACAUCAAUCCCAUCAACAUCAAACAAAAUUACACAAUUUAAGUAGUACAACAUCAAAUCAUCAUAUAAGUAAUAUUAACAGCAAUAAUAAUAAUAAUAGUACUAAUAACAGUAAUACAAUGGAUACUGAAAUACCAACAGUUGAUACAACUGAUAUUAAGGAUGAGCCUGGAGAUUUUGUUGAAACAAAUUGCCACUGGCGUGAUUGCGGUAUUGAAUUUAUGACACAGGAGGAGCUAGUUAAACAUAUAAAUAAUGAUCAUAUACAGGCAAAUAAAAAAUCAUUUGUAUGUAGAUGGGAGGAUUGCUCUAGAGAAGAGAAACCAUUUAAAGCUCAAUAUAUGCUAGUUGUACAUAUGAGACGUCAUACCGGUGAAAAACCUCAUAAAUGCACUUUUGAAGGCUGCUGUAAAGCUUAUUCAAGACUUGAAAAUCUAAAAACACAUUUGAGAUCUCAUACUGGUGAAAAACCUUACACGUGUGAAUAUCCUGGCUGUAGUAAAGCUUUUAGUAAUGCAUCUGAUCGUGCAAAACAUCAAAAUCGAACCCAUAGUAAUGAGAAACCGUAUGUAUGUAAAGCACCUGGUUGUACAAAACGUUACACAGAUCCAUCUUCAUUGCGAAAACAUGUUAAAACGGUACACGGUGCUGAAUUUUAUGCAAAUAAAAAGCACAAAGGAUCUUCACAUGAUUCUAGCAAUAAUAUUACAAAUAAUAAUAGUAACAAUAAUAGCGGUAGUAAUAAUAAUAUUAAUAAUCAUAAUCAUCAUAAUAAUAGUAAUAAUACAAAUAAUAAUUCUAAUAAUAAUAACAAUAAUAAUAGUAAUAAUAAUAAUAAUAGUAAUAAUAAUCAUAGCAAUAAUAAUAAUCAUCAUAAUCAUCACCAUCAUCACCAUCAUCACAAUGAUGAUCAUAAUAAUAGUAAUAAUCAUCUAGAUUCAUCGCCACGCAGUGAUGAUUUACAAUCUGGAAAAACAGCUAGUUUAUCAAGUCCAAGCAUCAAAUCUGAAUCUGAAGCAAAUUCACCUGGUCAAAUACAAAUCAAUAGUCCAACAAUUAGUGGCGUUACAACAACAGCAACAACAAAUAAUAGUAAUCAUCAUAAUCAUCAUGUUACAAAUUUAAUGCAAAAUAUAAAUAAUUUUAAUCAUAAUAGUUUUAAUAAAAAUAAUGGUAAUAAUAAUAAUAAUAGUAAUAUAAAUGGUGGAGUAAAUAAUAAUGAUGAUUAUAACAAUUGUUCAGUUAUAGAUGGUAACGUUGACAAUGGAAUAAAUGCUAUUAAUAGUAUUAAUGAUAAUAAUGGUACAAAUAUUAGUAAUAAUAAUGAUAAUAACAAUUAUAUAGACAGUAAUGUUCCAAUUUGGCCAUAUGAAGAUGAUGAUUUAGAUGGUGGUAAUAAUGUUAUCGGAAGUAAUCUACCAGCAAUAUUACGUAAUUUAAAUAGUAAUAUUAUGGAUAAUACAUCAUCAAUUGAUUGUGUUAAUAAUAAUAAUAUUCUUGUUGGUGGUAAUAAUGGCAUUAAUAGCCCAAAUAGUAUUAUAACAACCGGCCCAAUUAAUAAUAUCAAUACUAUUGGUAAUAGUUUUAUAAAUAAUUCUAAUAUUAUUGGUUCUGGUAUUUCAAAUAUCGGUAAUACAACAAAUUCAUUAUAUUUUAAUAAUAGUUCUAAUUCAAAUAUUUUACAAUCAUCUAAUAAUUUGAAUAACAUUAUUGGCGGUAAUAAUGACAAUAAUGGUAAUAAUGAUAAUAAUACAUGCAAUAAUUCAAUUAUUGGUGAUAAUAUAAAUUGUGGUAAUGGAAUGAUUGGUGGUGGUGGUGGUGCACAAGUAGCAACAUUAUGCACAGUUCAAUCAAUUGGAGGUAAUAUUGGUGGUAUAAUCGGUGGAACUAGUCUUAGUUCGAUUGGUAAAAAUCGUUUUCGUAGUCGUUUACAAGCUAAAAAUUUACAUUCACCAUUAUCUAAUAUACCAGAAAUGAAUAAUAGAUGUAAUAUUGUUAUUGGUGAAUUAAAUCAACGUAUUAAUGAUUUGAAAAUGGAACCAGGUAUUACAACUAUAACAUCAACUUCUUCAACAUUAACAACAACAUCAAUACUAUCGCAAAAUAACAACAACAACAACGGCAACAAUAAUAGCUGUUUAACAGAUUUACAAACAAGAUUAAACCAAUCAUCUAAUAUUAUUGGAACUGGAACCAUUUUAAAUUCAAAUCAGCAAUCAACCCAAAAUCAGCAUUUAGGGCAAAAUCAACAACUUCAAUCACAACAAAUACCACCACAGCAAAUGCGUCGCGAUAGUAAUAACUCAAAUGCAAGUACAUAUUAUUGCAGUAUGCGUUCGAAUGAUCAAAAUAGUAGUAGACGUAGUAGUCAAACCUCGCAAUUAUCAUCGAUCUCAACAAUGCGUCCUGCAUCUUAUAUGUCAGGUUCGUUUUAUGAUCCAAUAUCACCAGGAUGUUCACGCCGUUCUAGUCAAAUGUCAACAAUAACAAAUGGUACUAAUAAUAAUAAUAAUAUUAAUAACAAUAAUGCUCAAAAUAAUAAUCAAAAUGAUAAUAUCAGCCAAAAUAAUAAUAAUUUAAUUAAUAAUUCUUGUAAUAUUGUUGGUCACGGUUUACCACCGCCUCCAUCUUCACACUUGAUUUCAUCGCAUUUAGAGCGUUUACAACAAACAAAUAAUAUAUUUAAUUCUCGUUUUAAUUUCUGCAAUAAUAAUAAUAGUAAUAAUAACAAUGAUGGUAAUAAUUAUUGUGGCAUUAUUAAUAAUAACUUGAUGAAUUCUGGUGGUCGUUUCUCAAUACCGAAUGUAACAACAAAUUCAUCGACAAUAACAGCAACUGGUACCAAUCAAUAUGAUAUGAAUUUUUAUAUUGGUAACAAUAACAGUAAUUAUCGUAAUCAACAUAGUAAUUUCCUAAUAAAUGGUAAUAAUUUAGCAGAUAGACGUCAAUCUGAACCAAUAAGAGGAAAUCAAAAUUUCAAUCGAAUGUUAUUAUCACCAGCACCAUCAACAUCAAGUAUAACAACACCAAUUAUACAGAAUAAUAAUAAUAAUAGCAAUAGUAACAUUAACAACAACAAGGAUAAUAAAAAAAUAAAUAAUAAUAAAAAUAAUAAUAAUUUCAAUAAUAAUUGUAAAGCUAAUGAUAAUUGUGAAUUAAUUAAGAAAGGUAACAAUAAUUCUUCUAAUAAUAAUAAUAAUAAUAAUAAUAAUAAUGGUAAAAAUAGUGAUAAUGAAAAUAUGGAAAGUAAUUCCAAUAACGACAGUAAUAACGAAGUAUGUAGUACGACAUCCAAUAAUGUUAUCGAUAAUUUAUGUAGUCCUACAAAUAACAAUAAUUAUAAAAAUCAUGAAAAUCAUAGUAGUAAUAACAGUAAUAAAGAUGAAGAUAUAGAAAAUAAUAAGGGCAAUGAUACUGAAAAUAUGCAAAAUAAUAAAAGUAAUUUAAACGAUAAUAUUCAAAGUAAUGAUCGUAAUAAAAAUACUAACACUAAUAAUGUUAGUAACACAAAAGCUGGUAGUUCAAGAGAUCAUCAUCCCAAUGAAGAAGUUGUUUUAGAUGAGUUUGAAGAAGGUGAAAUGGUUGAAAAUAAAUUAGUUAUACCUGAUGAAAUGUUACAAUAUUUGAAUCAAGUUGCUGAUAAUCCAAAUUCUAUAAAUGGUGAUAAUCAUAAUAAUAAUAAUGAUGUGGAUAUUGACGAUGAUGAUAGUAAUGCUAAUGAUGACAGUAAUGAUAUUUGUAACAAUGAUAAUAAUUUUGAUAAUGAAAACUCUAAUAAAAAUAGUGAAACUCAUAAUAAUUGUAAUAAUAAUAAUAAUAAUAAGAAUGGUAAUAGUGAUAAUAAUAAUAAAAAUGAAGGCGAUAAUAACAACAGUUUAAAUAGCAAAUUAGAUAACUUCACAGCAUAUACAGAAAUAAAUGGUUUGCCAGUAUAUGGACCGUUAACAAUGGUACAAACAGAACAGUUACAGCAACAUCAGCAACAACAAAAAUCUAAUAUGCAUGAGUCCCAACAAAUAAGCACAACAUCAAUUGGAUUAUUUGUAAAUAGUCCCACUAUAUCACCGGCUAGUCCAUUAAAUCAACAGCAGCAAUCCCAAAUGAUGACACCACCAGCGUCUCGGCAAUAUUCUCAACAACAACAACUACCUUUAACAAUUAAACAACACCAUAAUCAGAUUCAAAAACCAUAUACAAUGAAUACAAAUGUACAAAAUUCAGAUUCAGCUAACUUUUACAAUAAUAAUAAUCCUAAUAAUAGCAGUAACAAUAAUAAUAAUCUACAACAACAGCAACAAUCAUCAUUACCUUCAUCAUCGCUUAUUAAUUCAUUAAAUUAUCAACAACAAAAUAAUACAGAAGAACAAUUGACACAACAAUGUCAAUUUAAUCAUCAGCAAGAACAUUUAUCCAUUGUUGCCUGCCAAAAUUUACCAGGUUAUUAUCAUCGUACAGAUUCCAGUGCUUCACAAUGUUGUUGUCCACAAUAUCAUUCUUACCAACAGCAACAACAACAGCAACAACAGACUAAUAUUAGAAAUCGUUAUUUAUCACAACAAUCACAACAGAAUAUAAUUUUACCAAAUAAUUUAAUGCAAAUACAAAAUGAAAAUACUUUAUCAUUAUCACCAACAGAACAACAACAACAAAAUCAUCAUCAUUUACAUCAUUUACAUCAUCCAAAUUGUCGUAAUAAUACAAAUAAUAGUAAUUAUGAUAAAUGUAAUAAAUAUCAAUAUUAUCAGUCACUUCAUCAUCACCACCAUCAUCACCAUCAUCAUUAUCAACAACAGCAACAACAUUUAAGGCAAUUAAAUAAUAAAGAACAAAAAGAAAUACAAUGCGGUGAUAUUAGUCAAUCACAAAUGUCACCAAUUGCAGUAUCAUCAUCACAUCAUCCACAACAACAACAGCAAAAUAGUAAUAAUGAUAAUAAAAUAAUAUCUACAAAAAUUAAUGGUAUAACAACAACAACAACACAAUCAUCAUCUUUAACAUCAACAACAACAACCACAACAACAACACCACCCAUAAAUAUAUUACAGAAUAAUAAUAAUAAUUCAUCAAAUACAACAACACAAUUAGCAUCUAAUUCUUCAAUAUUAAAUGAAAGAAAUCAACAACAGCAAUCACAUUUUCAAUCAUUAAAUAUUAAUAACAAUAUUAUUAUUAAUCGUAAUAAUGAUAAUAAUAAUAGAAAUAAUAAUAAUAUUAUGAUGACAUGUCUUGAACAUACAUUAAAUUCAAAUUUAUUAACAACAAACACAAAUCCAAAUAAUGAUAUUUUAAUAAAUAAUAACAAUAAUAAUAAUAAUGAUAAUACCAAUAAUAAUAUUAAUAAUCCAUCAUUACCACUUAGUCAUAAUUAUAAUAAUAAUAAUAAUAAUGAUACAAAUAAUAUUAAUCAAAUAAUCAAUCAUAAUAAUAAUAUUAAUUAUAAUGGUAUGAGACAUGAUGCAUAUCAAAGAACUUUAGAAUAUGUACAAAAUUGUCAAAAUUGGAUUGAAAAUACUGUUGAUGUUGUUAGUAGUUCAACACAUCCAAGUUCAAAUAUGAUUAUUAAUGAUAUGACAACAUCUUUAAAUUCAUUAUUAGAAGAGAAUAGAUUCUUACAAAUGAUUCAAUAAAAGAAAUAAAGAAAAAUAUAUU